CCCCUCCCCACAGCACCACGGCUUCUUUUCCUCCGCAAGGCGACAGGGGCUUCCCCUCAGCCGCCGCCGCCCCCGCCGGCCGAGCUCCGCCGCGUCCGCGGCCAGCGGCCGCCAUGCAGUUUAUGUUGCUUUUUAGUCGUCAGGGAAAGCUUCGACUGCAGAAAUGGUAUGUCCCACUGUCAGACAAAGAGAAGAAAAAGAUCACAAGAGAACUUGUUCAAACCGUUUUAGCACGGAAACCUAAAAUGUGCAGCUUCCUUGAGUGGCGAGAUCUGAAGAUUGUUUAUAAAAGAUAUGCUAGUCUGUAUUUUUGCUGCGCUAUUGAGGAUCAGGACAAUGAACUAAUUACCCUGGAAAUAAUUCAUCGUUAUGUGGAAUUACUUGACAAGUAUUUUGGCAGUGUGUGUGAACUUGAUAUCAUCUUUAAUUUCGAGAAGGCUUAUUUUAUUUUGGAUGAGUUUCUUUUGGGAGGGGAAGUUCAGGAAACAUCCAAGAAAAAUGUCCUUAAAGCAAUUGAGCAGGCUGAUCUACUACAGGAGGAAGCUGAGACCCCACGUAGUGUUCUUGAAGAAAUUGGACUGACAUAACUCUCCUCCCUUGUUGAUGACUUCUUGUGGCAUUUCACACACUGUAGAUGGUCACUGCCUUCAUGUCCAUGUUAGCUAAUGGUGUAAGAUGAUGUCUUGUCAGUAUUACUGUUUUGCUAAGCUGCUUCAUUCAGGCCUACAUUUUUUUUUAAAGGGAACUUUGAUCAAUUGAAUGAAAAGGGACUUAAAUUUGGAUUAGAAAUAUGCAUAAAGUACUUUUCUUGGAUUUCUCAAAUUUAUAGGUCUAUUUCUCAUAACUGAUUAUGUGCAUAUAUGAAAAUGACACAUCUCUGUACAAGCAAUAUCUAUCAAACAAUUCGGCAGUGUACAUUUGUUAAUUACUGUACUUGACAAAGGAAGGUUAAAUUAUAAUGUGAAACCUGGUUUUACGAAACCAAAGAUGAGUGCAGCAUUUCCGUAUAUAUGGUAAAAAUAAGGGAAUCAACAUGUCACAUAUUGAAUGAAUGAAAAUUUAAUUGUUGAAACUUAAACAAAAACAAAUUUAUACCAAAGAACCCUAUUGGACACUACAUACCUUAAAAUAAAGGGAAUACAGAUUAUUUUAGAUGACUAAAUUGGAAGAUGUCAUUUAAAAUUAAUAACUAAGCAUUCUGAAUGAAUGGGACAAGGAACAAAGAUUGCUUUAUAAUAGCACAUAAUUUUUAAGGCUAAGGCACAUUUGAACCCUGAGAUGAUUUUUUUUCUUUUUUUGUGGUCAUAAUCAUUUAGUUACUCAGAUUGUUUUUGAUGCCCCCCAAAUGAAGUAGAAAUGUUAGUUUAUCAGUUCUUCAUAACAGUAUCUUACAGAAACAUUGCCCUCUUCACAGUGUUGCGUAAAGUCAUUGUUUAAAGCAUGAAUGUUCCUUCUGGGGUUCUUGUUCAAGCUGAGUUUAUUUUGGUUCCCUUUGCUUCCUUCUAAUUAGAAGUACUGCAAACUUUACAGAAGCUUCCUUUCCUUCCAUGGCACUACCUAGUUAUCAGAAGUAUAAAAAUUUAAAAGACACCUUUCAUUUAACAGUGAGAGUUGAAGUAAAGUGGCAUUAGGUGGCCCUAUAUUUUUUAAAGCUUAUAUAAUUGUUCAGCAUCACUUUUAUACAUAUACAUAUCUAAACAUGUCUGUGGUUUACACUUUCACUUGCAUAUGCUGGGCUGGAUUAAGCUUUGUUGUAAUUGUGACCAACAUCAGGCCACGUGAGCACUGUCUUAUCACAUUGCCAAUUAGCUGUAAUAAAUGUUCGACAUACAAACACCGUAGUGUGUUUUUAUCUUUUUCCAAAAGUGUAUCAAACUGGCAAGCUGCUGAAGGAAGAUUUUUUUUCCCAGUAAAAUGUUGAAAAUUUCCCUUCAUUUGAUUGCCCCCCCCAUUUGAAUGUGGUGGUGGGUUUAUAAGCACACACAAGAAAAAAUGGUGAUGAUUUAUGGAGUCUUCAUGUACUUCAAGUUCAUUGAAAAGUAACAUGGAUUCCAUGCUACCAAGAGCUUACCAACACAUUUAUUUUCAAUCAAUAAAUGCCGCUUUGAAAACCUUGA